UGAUUAUGCCUUCCUAAUUCGCUGUUUCUGAUCGUUAACUUUUUGAUUUUAAGAAACCUCAGAACAACUCAGAUUCAGAAGAAGAAUAGCAAUAAUAAUAGUUGCUCUUGCAAAAUGGUUACAAAGAAACCAAAAGACAGAAAAAGUUUUUGGAUAUUGAAGCCAUAAAAUAAGAGCUAAACAAUAGACCAUAAAUAGAUUAUGAAAAUACUCCCAAGGUUGGUAAAAAGCCAUCUCGAUUGAUGGCUAAAAGUCUGCCUAAUUUUAUAUUUCCUACUUCUCCAGUAUUGAUAGAAUAAUUGCAGAUGGUUAGAGCCAUCAGAUUGAUGAAAGAGCAAGUUCCACCUGAGGUUUUGAAUAAGGUUUACUCUGAAUUGAGGUAAUUUUGCUUUAUAUUUUAGAUAUUUAUAUGUUCCUGCCAACUCUGCAGUUUAUAGGUAAGGAGACCAAAAUAAAAAAUAUUACAUCAUCUUGGAUGGUAAAUGUGUGGUCAUGAAACCCAGAGAGAAAAUGGUUGGUUCUAAAAAGUUAGAGCAGGAAUUAGAGGGCAAGGCUUAAAUAUAGUUGAUGCGAAGGAAUGAUCCUGAUCCCUAUGGUUUGAAGAGUGCAUUCCCAGAUUACAUCAUUCUUAAAGUCUUAAUAAAUGGAGAGUAUAGUUUUUAUUAAUUAAAGUGCUUUCGGCGAGGCAGCAAUCAAAUUGGAUAUAGCAAGAUCUUCUACAGUGUUUGCCAUUGAAAACUCGCAUCUUUUGUUUUUGAGUGAACAAGCCUAUAUUACUCUUCUUGAUCCCUACUUAAGUAAGUCUUUGGAUGACAAAAUAUUGUAUUUCACCCAAACCCCAAUUUUCAAGGAAGUGGAGUUUGAAUUAAAUGAAAUUAUGGGAAUCCUAUUAGAAUGUCAUCAAAUCACGUAUAAAGCAUCAGAAAUUCUCUAUGAAGAAAAUGAAAGAUCCAAUCAUAUAUAUUUCAUCAUUAAUGGAUAAGUUGAAUUGUCAAAAUAAAUGAAUUCUAAACAUCUAGUUCUCUCCUCUUAUGGUGAAAAUCAGCAUUUUGGAGAUGUCGAAGUCUUCCACAAAAUACCAAGAUUUACAAGAGCGAGAGUCAUAUCUCCUAGACUCAUUGUAUAUAAAAUUAGACAAUCUAAAUUCUUUGACAACUUAGGCAAUAUACACAUUUAUGAAAAUUUCAAAAGCACAACUAAAGUAAUAUUUAAACAUUGGACUCUUAUUUAUCAAACUGCCAAGUCUCAGAUAGUCUAAAAGGAUGAAAUCUAUCAAGCAGCUUAAGAUCAAUUAACUAAUCGAAGGAAUGAUGCUUCUAAAAAGAUUGUCAAUAAAAAGAUCAUUGAAGUCUAGGGUGAUAAACUCAGUCAAGUCAAGGUUUUUUAAAAUCUAGCUGAAAGCAAUUUUUAAGAUGUUAACUCAAUUGGAAAUUCUCCUAAUAAAACCAUUUUAUAAAGGGUUUAUAGUAAUGCUCUCCAACAAUAUUAAGCAAGAUUGCUUAAAAAACCUUAACAAACUCAAUGUAACGAUGAUCAUUGCAUCAGAAGUCAAAAAGAAAAGUAAGUAUCUUUUUCUUAAUGAAGAACAUUUUCCACCGAAAGAGCUAGUCCAGGUAGAAAAAAUAGCUAGUUGAAUCUUAAAUUACCUACAAUGAUGUCCAAUACAUCAUCCAGUUCAAAAGUAGAUUUGAAUUAGGUUUUUGAGUCAAUUAGUAAAUUGCCAAGAAUUCCAAGAGAUAAUCUUGUCCUCUCUUUGAUGUACCAAUAAGCAUACAAGUCAGAGAAUCCAGAAAAAAAGGCCAAAUAGAUUUAAUAAGUUAUUUAAGCUUCAUUUCGGAAUGUCAGACGAGAUUUUGAAUCGAAGGAGAAAGUUGUUUCUAAUUGGAAAUAUAAAUCUGCUGAUUCAAUUAUUAAGAAUCUAAAAUUAAGUGAUGCAAGUGAAGAAAAGAGACUUAAGGAAGACUAUAUGAAUUUUGUCUAAUCUAAAAGACUAUCUUGA